GUUCAGGCAGGGACUCUGUCGUGUCGCACUGUGAUUACUUCUUCAGGAAUAAAGUGGAGAACAUAUCCCCAAUUAUCAAUUCUCCACUUCCCCGCGUUACCUAGUACCUACCUAGGUACCCAUCCUGUAAAAUGCACAUCGCUUAUCCUUUCCCUCUUCCCAUGUAGCAAUCGUAGCAAUCGUAGCAAUCGUACUAAUUUGUAAUCUUCAACCAACAUCGGAAGACGUCGUUCGAGAUCGUGAGAAUGGAGCACCGAAAGCCCUCCGAUGGAAGACGCCCGGUGACUCUUAUCGACCUGCUUCUCAUGUUGUAAAAGAGAAAAGAUAAUCCAAAAUGAGGUUCUCGUCUGUCCUGGAUGGCUCUUUGGGGUGUUUGCCAUAAUGGACAAACAUGCCUCAAUCCUCAUUCUAGGAGCUGGAACUUUUGGAAUCUCAACCGCUUACCAUCUUGCUAAGGCUGGCUACACCAAUGUUACGGUGCUCGAGAAGUCACCAACUUUCCCUCCCGAGCUCUCCGCCGGCAACGAUCUCAACAAAAUCAUACGCGCUGAAUAUGAGGACCCUUUCUAUGCUGAGCUAGCCCUGGAGGCUAUGGCAGCUUGGAAAUCUCCCCUCUUCGCGCCUUACUACCACGAGACGGGUUAUCUAUUGUGCAACUCCGCUGCAGCGUUGGAGAAAUCCAAGAAAUCCCUCCAGAAAUCCCUGGACUCUAUCCGGCAGCGCCCCGAGUUCAAUGAUAAAAUCACACCCAUUGUUUCGCGUGAUGAUAUUCGAAAGGUGGCCCCCGUCUUCGACGGACCUAUGGAGUGGAAAGGCUAUUUCAACAGCUUCGCCGGGUAUGCUUCUGCCGGCGACUCGUUAACGGCCGUGUAUUCUGCAUGUAUCGCAUUGGGAGUGACGAUCCACCUAAACUCACCAGUCAAAUUCCUGAACUACUCGGGGGAUGUCUGUACAGGCGCUGAAACUACCAGUGGCAAGUACUACAGCGCCUCUGCAACCGUGUUGACUUUGGGAGCAUCCCUUGGCUCCGUGCUACCGCAUAUAAAGCGUCAAGUUAUUGCCAAAGCCACACCGGUCGUCCACAUGCAGCUUACCCCUGAGGAGGCGGCAAAACUGCGCGGCAUCCCCGUCACCUAUGCACGGGAUCUAGGCUUUUUCUUCGAACCUGACCGUCGCACCAAUCUGCUAAAGAUUUGUCCAGCUGUAGCCGGUUAUACAAAUUAUAGCACACCGUCUGGCCUAUCGCUCCCGCCGGAGGACAACGAGUUCAUCCCCGCACAGGACGAAGUUGUGAUCAGACGGCUACUGCGGGAGACGCUUCCCGCAUUAGCAGACAGGCCGCUUAUUGGGAGGAGGAUUUGUUGGUGCGCAGACACGGCAGAUAGCGAAUAUGUGAUCGACUUUGUGCCAGAGAAGAAAGGACUAGUGGUAGUGACUGGUGACUCAGCACAUGCAUUCAAAAUGCUUCCUACUAUAGGGGGCUGGGUCAAAGACGUGUUAGAGAAAGGUAGACAAGAUAGCGCCAGGUGGCGGUGGAAAGAAGGGAACGAUGCGGAUGUGGAUAUAAGUUGGAGGGUUGGCAAGACUACAGACUUUAGUGAUGUUAAGGAGAUGCGAAGGGAUUCAGAUCUGCCUAGAAAUCAUGAACAGCCUUCCAAGGUUCUUUAAGUCGCAUUUCUCAUUCAAUAACUGAAGCCCCCGCUUCUCAUGUUUACCGAAGGAACCGGAAGACAUGUUCAAUAUUCCCAACACUGGCCAAUACGCUUCAUCU